CAUCCCCCUUGUCCAGAAGCCGGUGUGCUCAAUGAAGAGCUCAGCAGAGAGCCACCACCCGGAGCAGCGAUCCCAGGCAGAGGGGGCGGGGAGGAGCGGGCUGCACACAUUGAAGAUGUAUUAGGGAAGCAGCAGGUCACCCCCCUACCCCCCCUCCAGUCCUGUGAUCUGGGCUCCUAUGGCUUUCUGAUGAGAUCUGGACUGACCGAGGAUCUGCAGUGAUCUGGGAGGGCAGACUUUGAUAACCUUAUCAUGGGAGCUUAGGAAAAAAAAAACUACUGCAACUGCAUCUUUCUGCGUCACAGCCUCCUGCAGGGAAAUCUGUUGAGGGUUUUUUCUUUUUCUUCUUUUUUAAACUGAUAUGGACCAUGCAUCUAACAGAGCAGGGGCAUGUGAUUCACAAUCUACAACUAGAAAUCUAAUUGAAAGUGGGGUGCAUACAAAAAAGGCUCAAGGGCUCAAAAGUGAGUGUCCUGCAAAACCCAAUGACCGUACUCGGAGUCCUAUAAAUAUUCAUGAACUGAACAGCAGUGGGAAUAUCAUGGACACUGCAAUGCUGAACUCGGUGAAAGAUGCCCAGCUUAUGCCAGCUCCUAAAGACUUGAGAACGGUCAAGCUGAGGUUCUUGAGGAGGACCGUGGUAGAGUCAGAUCAAGAGGAGCCAUCGGUUUUGGAUCUGAGUGAAUCUCUGCACCAGAGCAAGGUCAUCCCCAUCUCUAGAACCAGAAGGGCCAUUGCUAAGAGGGCACAGGGGACAAGUGACCAAGGAUCCACCACCGAGACCAGCGAGCCUAAGACUGCGGAUUCCAUAGAGCAUAUCGCAGAAGUACCACCAGAACCAACUGGCCAAAAGCGAAAAGAUGAACCGGACACUCUUAAAGAAGCACCAAAGUCCAAAAAGGAGGAGGAAGAGGAGACUGAAGAGGAGGCAGAUAUGAAAGCUGUUUCUACUUCCCCUGAUGGAAGGUUUUUGAAGUUUGACAUUGAGAUUGGAAGAGGCUCCUUUAAAACUGUUUAUAAGGGUCUGGAUACAGAAACAUGGGUGGAGGUCGCAUGGUGCGAACUUCAGGACCGUAAAUUAACAAAAGUUGAGAGACAGAGAUUUAAAGAGGAGGCGGAAAUGUUAAAAGGUUUGCAACAUCCAAACAUUGUGAGAUUUUACGACUUCUGGGAAUCCUGCCUGAAGGGAAAGAAAUGCAUUGUCUUGGUGACCGAGCUCAUGACAUCAGGGACACUGAAAACAUACUUGAAACGAUUUAAGGUCAUGAAGCCAAAGGUUUUGCGCAGCUGGUGUCGGCAAAUUCUUAAAGGCUUGCACUUUCUUCAUACACGAACUCCUCCAAUAAUCCAUCGGGACUUAAAAUGUGAUAACAUUUUUAUUACGGGGCCAACUGGCUCUGUGAAGAUUGGAGAUCUGGGCCUGGCUACCUUGAAACGAGCCUCUUUUGCUAAAAGUGUUAUAGGAACCCCAGAGUUUAUGGCACCUGAAAUGUAUGAAGAACAUUAUGAUGAAUCUGUGGAUGUAUAUGCUUUUGGAAUGUGCAUGUUGGAAAUGGCUACCUCAGAAUACCCAUACUCUGAAUGCCAGAAUGCUGCUCAAAUAUACCGCAAAGUCACCAGUGGGGUGAAACCAGCCAGCUUUGAGAAAGUGUCAGACCCUGAAAUCAAAGAGAUAAUUGGGGAAUGCAUUUGUAAGAACAAGGAGGAGAGGUAUGAAAUUAAAGACUUACUAAGCCAUGCUUUCUUUGCUGAAGACACGGGGGUAAGGGUGGAAUUGGCUGAGGAAGACAACGGCAGAAAAUCCACGAUUGCCUUAAGACUAUGGGUAGAAGACCCCAAGAAAUUGAAAGGAAAACCCAAAGAUAAUGGAGCCAUUGAGUUUACCUUUGAGCUGGAAAAGGAAACUCCAGAGGAUGUUGCCCAGGAAAUGAUUGAGUCUGGAUUUUUCAAUGAAAGUGAUGUGAAGAUAGUUGCAAAGUCAAUACGUGAUCGAGUGGCAUUAAUCCAAUGGAGACGAGAGAGAAUUAGGCCAGAGAAUGGUGAUACGGAGGUGAUGGAACAGAUGAACGUACCCCAGAUUCCCCUUCCACCACUUGCCCACUCUUCCCACAUAGGUCAACAUGAAGGAGAAGAAUUGGAGACAGACCAGCACUUAUUUUUGCCCAAACUGCCUGCCAGCAUUACUUCUGUAGCAUCUGACAGCACAUUUGACAGUGGUCAAGGGUCUACGGUGUACUCCGAUUCACAGAGCAGUCAACAAAGUGUCAUUUACUCUUCCCUGCCAGAUGCUCUACCUUCAGCCAUCCAACGAGUAUUCAGCCCACCUAUGAUUGAGGGCCAGGUUCUUCCACAGAGUCCUCAGCAUCAACUAGGGCAAUACCAGCAGCCUGCAGCACAUGGAGUUGGUGUUAUACCUGCUGUACACUCUGGACUCACUCAGCAUCAAUACCAAGAACUGAGCACAGCCUACCCAGUUGUGCAGCCAUCCACCGUCUCGUCUGCCCAGUUUGGGGCUUCUCCUCCUAUAUUAUCCAGCCAGCAAUCACUUCAACACCAAUCUCUUCUACAACAAAUCCCAGCUGGGCAGGCUGUCUGUCCAGUGCCACCUACCUCCCAUACAUACCCACAGUACCAGCCCCCGCUCACGCCGGCUCCACUACAGAUUCCUACAGUACCACUGCAACAGCACCAGGUACCUGCAUCACAGCUUCCUCCGUAUCCUCUCAUACCAGCAGUUACUCCUCUUACAGGACUCGAGAGCCUCCCUGCCAAUCUCUCUGACUUACCUACUGUCUGUAUCACUCCCCUGCCUGCUCCCUGUCAGUAUUUCCCUCCAGGUGUGGUUAUGCCCAACCUUCCUGUCACCCCUGCAGGGCCCCCGUCAGGGCAGACAGUCAAACCACAGUUGGUGCUACAAUAUGAGACUAAUCUUGUGCCAAAUAUCCAGGGUGCGCCUGUAUCUUUAUUAGCAGUGGCAACAUCUGGCAUGCCAGGAAUACCAAUGCCGCUGCCACAGCAUCCCCAGUCACACACGUACCAGGCCUCUUUUCAGCAGAUCAUUCAGAGUGAUGUCCCUUCUGUUCAUCUCUCUCCAAGUGUUCCGCCCGUGUCACAACAAUCCCAUCUUCCUCUUCCUCCUCAGUCACAUCAUCCAAGCAUAAUCCAUCCUCCCGAUCAGACUACAUCUGGGGCUGGGAACCAGGUCAUUGGUCUUUCCCAGUAUAAAGUGGACUUCACUACCCCUGUAGGAGUGUUGCCAGUUGUAACGAUGAUGUCGCCACCAGUGCACUUCCCCUCAGAAAUUUCCCAACCAUUGCUAGGACAAGAUUACCUUGCUCAACCUUCUCUACCACUUACCAUGCCACAUUCUGAGGCAGUCUUGGCUGAGAAUCAGAGUAUGUCCUAUCCAAGUACUGGCAUUUCCCAGGCUCCUGAGUCGCAUAACCUCACUCAGUGCCAAGCGAGACAGUCAUUUGCAGAAUCUGCUCAUGAGGAGCAGCACAAUCAAGAAAAUCUGCCAAGCUCAAAUCAAAGCUUUGAUAAUUACAUAGGUUCCGAUGCUGCCUCUGGUAGAGAAAUGAGUGAUGGAUACGAGGGUAUACCUGGCGGUAAACCUGAUGGAAAGCCAGCCAAGAAACAUCAUCGAAGGUCAUCGCGGACUCGCUCCCGCCAGGAAAAGACCAAUAAGCCUAAACUAACUAUUCUUAAUGUGUGCAACACUGGAGACAAGAUGGUAGAAUGCCAGCUGGAAACUCACAACCACAAAAUGGUUACUUUCAAAUUUGACUUGGAUGGCGAUGCACCAGAGGAGAUUGCUACAUAUAUGGUGGAAAAUGAAUUCAUACUGCAGAUGGAGAAAGAGAUUUUCAUUGAGCAGAUGAAGGAUGUCAUCGACAAGGCAGAGGACAUGCUGAGCGAAGACACUGAAGGCGAGAGAAGCUCCGAUCAAGGGGCAAGUCCUCAACAGGCUGACUCCUUCAAGGCAGAAAUGAGGGAGGAAAAUCAACAUACCCCAAUAAGGACACCAGUUUACCAGCAAAACGUCUUGCAUACUGGGAAGCGUUGGUUUAUCAUCUGCCCAGUGAUGGAGAGUCCAAGCUCUACAGAUGUCUCUUCAGUAACUACAAAGACCGAACAUCAGAGUGACAGCACGGGUGGUAAUGCCAAAGAUGAAAAGGCCUGUGAAGAUGGUCAACAUAAAUUUUCUACAGAACAGGACAAGUCCAACUCAACCGCAAGCCAGUCGAUCUCAACAGAUGUGGAUGUAGAAAUUCCAGCUUCCUUGACGCUAUCCUCUAUAACGCAGUCAUCCUCUACUAUAUUUUCUGAUCUGCAAACUCAGACUGAAAUGUCAUUUUCACCUCAUCCAGAACUUCUUUCCUUCCGACAAGGAGAUUCUGCUACUCUUGGUGCAUCUGCGGGUUUUCAGCAAGUUGUUGAAUUGGAAGAAGCAGAAUCCCGUGUAUUGUCUCUGAAUGAGAAGCCAACAGCCCACACACUGGCACAAACCGAGCACAAUAAGUGUGUGUCACCAUCAGAUCGAAGAUACAAUGCUGUAGGGUCAAAUGAACUGGUCCAUCCUGCACAGGCAACUCAUGAUAACGGUAAACCACACCACCCUCCUCAGGAAAACGCUGCAAGUCUUCAGCCUGAACAGCAGGUGCUCUAUGAAUCAGAAUGCAGUCCACCUGUUGUCCAAGUAACGGCAGACACUGGUUUGGCUGUCAACAGUAAUCAAAGGAAUGAGCCAUUGCACAUUCAAGAAGUAUCUGCAGCAUCCCAACCUGUCUUACAAACUCAAGCUCAGCCUUUAGCUUUACCAUUAGUGAAUUCAACUGUACAACAAGCUAACAUGGAAUCAGAUGGAGAAGGUCCACCAAGAGUGGAAUAUACUGAUGAUACCAUUAAGACUUUAGAUGAAAAGCUCCGUAAUCUGCUAUAUCAGGAAUAUGCUCCAACUAAUCAGUCUGCUGGGACACCAGAAUAUUCUGUGACCAUGGAAAAUAUAGCAGAGGUUAUCAGAUCACAGCCACUGAAUGCAGACAUAAUUUCUAUGACAGGUUGUAACAGAACCAUCUUGGAUCUAAUUGAGAGUGCUCCAUCAGCAGAAUCAGUCAGUGGUGACACCAGUGGCCAUGAAUCGCCAAGACAUUGGAUCCAUACUGCUGCUUCAUCACAAAGACGCUAUUCUGGAGAUCAGAAGGUGAAAGAGGGAAGUUCUUCUCCCAAAAAGAGACAUCAUCAUGCUGAAAAGUCAAAAACAAUUGGGAGGUUUUCUGUUCUGAGUACAGAAGACGAGGUGACUGUCACAUUUCCAUGUUAUCAGAGGUUUUCAGCUCCUCCAGAUGUCUAUCUUGACCAACUUCCCACCAAUCUAGUCAAGACUUCUGUGCCUCGCGCACAUACAUCUUCUCCUAUAAAUUCUCUUUUCUGUGGACACGUGUCAAGUGAUUCAGGGGAUGAGAUUUUUCAACGAAAGGCCAAAGAUUCUGCUCCAUCAACCCCAAGCAAAGGGGCCAAUGACUUCAUGAAGAAAGCUGCAGCUUUCCUGCAUCGAAAGUCUAGUGUGCAGAGCCCAGAUUCCCCAAGUGGACAAGGCAUGAAAAUCCCUUCAAUAAAUGUGACAUCUUUCCAUUCACAGUCUUCCUAUGUGAGUAGUGACAAUGACUCGGAGUUUGAGGAUGCUGAUAUGAAGAAGGAAUUGCAGAAUCUCAGAGAAAAGCACAUGAAAGAAAUCACAGAAUUACAAGUACAGCAGAGGAGAGAGAUAGAAUCUCUUUACGUCAGGCUGGGCAAGCCUCUUCCUCCUAAUGUGGGAUUCCUACAUGCAGCGCCACCAAGUGGCCGUCGACGCAGGGUCAGCAAGAAUAAACUGAAAAGUGGAAAGUUACUUAAUCCUUUGGUUCAGCAGCUGAAAAACGGGGCAAGCAAUAUAACUGCAGACUGCAAUGGAUUACCUGCCAAGGAUCCACUUAAAUCUCACCUCGAUUUAAAGGGCAACGUUUCUGGCUCCGCCCUAACAGCGUCCCCGGGUCGUAAUGUCCAGACGCAGCAGCCUUGCUCAGUGAAGGUCACGGUGUCGUCUGAUAAUAUCUGUUCUGGUGUAGUCCGGGAUGGUGGUGAUGUGCAUGGCAACGGUGGACAAGGCUGGACGGUUUACCAUCAAACGUCUGAGAGAGUGACCUAUAAGUCUAGUAGCAAACCUCGUACCCGAUUCCUCAGUGGACCUGUGUCUUUAUCCAUCUGGUCUACUCUGAAACGGCUAUGUCUAGGCAAAGAGCACAGCAAUAGAUCCUCAACAAGUAGCCUUGUAACAGGCCCUGAACCAUCACAAGUUCCUUCACUGAACACUCAGCAAGUUCAGGCACAGUCUAACAAUAGUAACAACAAAAAGGGAACAUUUACUGAUGACCUUCACAAACUGGUGGAUGAAUGGGCAAGCAAAACUGUUGGAGCAGCACAAUUCAAACCUUCUCUUAAUCAACUGAAGCAGUAUCAGCAGCGGCUGGACCUGGAGCACAAGCCUACAACUGCACAUGAAGAUUCAAAUGCAGGAGGUCAACCUAUUCCUGAGCCAGCCAGAAAGUACAACGCUCCACUGUCUUGUUCAGCAACCGCGGGACAGAUGUCCACAUCUCUCCCAGCAGCCCUUUCAGGAGCUACCCAGUCUGGUAUAUUACCACCAUAUAUGAUGCCCCUUUGUCAGUAUGCUGGGGUUUUCCCAGCACCAGUUUACGGAGCGCAGUGGCCUGGAGCGGCAGCACCUGCCAUAGCAGGAAGUCGGUUGAUCACGCAAUCUGCAAGCAUGCAGAUAUUUCCUAUGUCUUUGCAGCAACCUACCGUGAAACAAUCUGGUUCCAACCUGAGAAUCACGUAGCUUUGAUGCCUUUUUCUGUUUUCAAGUGUAUGAGCCUGUCAGCACCCUGUGUGUUUUUUUGAUUUUACAUCUCAGCAUUGCUGAAAAAUAAUUUUAUGACUGUCACAGCCCCUUGUCAGCAUUAGGAGUUGGAUUAGUAGUAUGGUUAUGCUGCAAUAGUCUUUGGCUGAGGCCACAAAUGCACACAGCCAUGCUCUGCAUCUCACAGCCACUGUGAAACAUCACAUGAUCAUCACCACUUGUCCAACAUCUGUGAUUUCUCAUUUUUCACAUUGUGAAAUGUAAAGUACUUGAACUGAAAAUUGUGGGAGGUUUAGUGCCUUGAGAAGUUUGCUUCCCAUUUUCUUGGGAAAAUCUGUGUAGAGAAAAAAAUGAUAAACCAGUUUAUUUUCUAAUCUACCAUUUUUGUUUUCCAUCCAUAACACAGUGUACGCAUUUUUUUUUCUCCGUUUUUUUCUUUAUUUUAUUUUUUUAUGUUUUUUUGGAAAUGGUAGCUAUCCCAUUUUAAAAUAUAACCCCCUCCCUACAUUUGAAAAAUAAUGCUGCUUUAUUUAUUAUUUUGGCAUACAGGUAGCUUGGAUUACAUGUGGCUUUUAUUUUAAUUUACAAAAUAAUAAAUUGUUUAAUAUUUAUAAGGUAAAAUGUUUCCAGCUACAGUUUGAGGUAUAUACUCAAGAGAAGAAUGCAGUGAAUACCUUUUUUAUUUUCUUUUAUAGUUUUGUUUGUUUUUUAUUGUAAUAAUUGGCUGGUCUUUCGAGCCAAAUUCUUAAAAUUUGCAUGUCGAAAUUGGCACUGGCGUUGGUUUCCAAAAAUGCUAGAUUGGGAUUGUUAAGAGUGUAACAUAUUUGGGCUGGGUAAGUCUCUACAUCAGCUUUCAGUUGAAUUGAAGCUGGGCAAGUCUCUACAUCGGCUUUCAGUCAAAUUGAAAGUGCUAUUGCAGUUGUACACGAACAUGUUUGCAUUAUGGGGUGUUUUGGAUCUAGGAAAUAUUAUUCAUUUGUGCCAGUCAAACCUUGAUGUGCUCUGUACUGAAUUUUUUUCUUUAAAAAAUGGAAUGUUAAACAAUAACACUAGAAACCAAAGCUGGCCUGGGCAACAGUACCAUACAGAAGCCAUCCUAAAAUAGGAACAUGUGGCUGUUGUCUGAACUUGUGGUUGCCAUUUUGUGUAUCAGAAUAACACAGCCUUUGUAGGUCUUGAAAACCAGUGGCAUGAAAAGAAACGUACUCAAUAGGAACAACGAAUGGGGAAUAGUUUGCCUUAAACGUUUGAUUCCAAAGCUAAUCUCGAAAGGCUGUAGCUAUUAGGUUCACGCAAAAAACAUGUCACAUUACAUAUUUUGUGUCUUUUGGGUAUUUAUUAUUUUUUUAUUUUAAGUUUCAAGUUUUGCUGCAAUAAAAUCUGGGAAUUUUUGUUGUAUGUUGGCACACAAUUUUAAUUUUGCACAGUCACAUCUUAGAAUAUUAGCACAGUUUAAGUAUGGAGAGAGAGAAAUAUUUUGUGAUAAAGAAGUCAAUUGUUAAGUCAUUUUACCAAUUCAUUUGACGCACUUUCACCAGAAUUUCUUUAAGCUGCAAGACUGUGCAGCUUUUUCACAUGAGGUUCACCUUGGAGUGUCUGGAAAGUCUCUCUGGUGGCUGCAGUAACCACUUGGGGUCUUCAUUUUAUUUUUUAACUUACACUACUAAACUAAAAGAAAAAAAAGUUGGUUCAUCCAAAGAGCACUGGGAUUUAACCUGUGUAUAUUUGUCAUUGGUUUUUUUUUUUGUCCUGUUACCAUUUCGUUGACAUUUCAUCCUUUCUUUUGAGUUCAUAACUUUUCCCUUGUAUGACAGUGUCUGAAAGAAUUCUGUUGCCCAUGGCUUCCAACUAGCUUUUUCUAUUUAUGUUCUUAGUAUGGGAAUAGGAGAAAAAGACAGCGGUUUCUUCAAACACUUGCAUAUACUUGAACACAUUUGCAUAGUCCCCACAUCACUGGCAUCAGCAGUACCUCAGUGAGCAGAUGUUUACAUAAAUUCUGCAAUUGCUGCAUUGGCUGAGCUAAACCAGCUUUGCUCAUGUAUAACUGCUUAAUAUAGAAUACUAGAUGCAGUCCUUCAGACAAGUAUAGAUUUAUUUUCAGAACAGUGACUGUUCAUCUGCACUGCAGCUUUGAGUCCGUACCAUAACCAUGCGUAGAGAGGUUUUUAGAAAUGUCUAGCUUGCACCAGUUGUGCAUAUAUUGCAGAUAUCCUCACCAGAGCACAGUGAAAUAACUUUUUUUAGCCCAGUUAGUGAAUCAUACACGUGUGUCUUGAGGAAUUCUACACAACGUGCAUCAUUGGUGAGAACUGAGAAGUUUGAGAGCCUCUGCCCUAGACCAAUCCAACACUAAAUACCGAAACCUUUCUCUGUGUUUUUAGCCUUGAUAUGCAUACCACCUGGUAGGUACAGUUGCAAACAGUUCUCUUAUUCACCUAACCAGUGGUUUCAGUUGCAGAUCCUUAGACGGGUAGUGAGACUUGUCAUGUCAGAUGAACGUUCUUUCAUGACAUCUUCGUUCCCCAGCUGGAGGCAUCUGAGCCUCGUUCUGCCAAGCUGUGAAGUGUAUCUACAAAAAACUUUAACCAUUGUAAAUGUUUUCAUUUUGUUGGUAAUCCCUGACUGUAACUCAUCAAUUCUGCUGGAAUUGAAUUUUAUAUGGACCAUUCUGCAGGCGAAAACUUAAAGAUAGGAAGAGAUUUCUGUUCUCUUCGACUUCUUGAGUUUGUUUUUAGAUUCAUGUCUGUGCUUCAUGAACAAACAUGGGAAGUACGUACUGCACUCUCUCCCCCAUUGCUUGCACUGAAUCUUACCUUCCAGGUCGCUCUUGCCUGAUUGUAUAAAGCUCCUUCCCUUGUGUAUGCUGACACAGUCAGUGGCACCAAUGCCUCAAUAUUGUAUUAUACAGAAUAAACAUUUUGUGCUUGAAAACAUA